AUGACGUUUCCUUCCUUUUCGUCCCUCUCUCACAGCGCAGUUGUUUCCCUCUCUCACAAACAGCCGCUCCAACUUCUUCUUCCUCCUGGAUCCGGGAAUGUUGGAUAUGAUGAAGGGAAGGUUGGAUUUAACAGUGGCGAAUGGUUUGGGGUAUCAUGCGUGGGUUGUUUACGAAAUGAAAGGGAGUUUGGGGGUGAACAACUGAGAUUGUUGCAGCAAGGUGGUGAUUGGAAGAAGAAUGGAUACGAUGGCGAGUUGUUCAACGAAGGGAGUAUCAAUUUGGCUGAGAGUUCUGCUGCUGCUGCUGCACUGGUUGAGCAGAUGGAGAACGCUGCCUCUGAGCACCCUGCACCAUAUGAGAACUCGGUUGCUGUGGCAUCUGUUGAUCGAGAAUUUUUGACUUGUUUUUGGACUGAUAUGCAGAGUUUGGAGCAGCAUACAAUAUGGAUGAUUUUGAAGCAAGGUUUGGACGUAUAUGCAGAGUUUGGAGCAGCAUACAGUAUGGAUGAUUUUGAAGCAAGGUUUGGACUGAUAUGCAGAGUUUGGAGCAGCUGA